AUGAUAAUAUCGAUAUAUAAUGAAAAGUAUCGAAAAGAUAUCGAAAAGUAUCGAAAAGCUAUCGAAAAGUAUCGAAAAGAUAUCGAAAAGUAUCGAAAAGAUAUCGAAAAGUAUCGAAAGGAUAUCGAAAAGUAUCGAAAAGAUAUCGAAAAGUAUCGAAAAGAUAUCGAAAAAAAAGAUAUCGAAAAGUACAGAAAAGAUAUCGAAAAGUACAGAAAAGAUAUCGAAAAGUACCGAAAAGAUAUCGAAAAGUACCGAAAAGAUAUCGAAAAGUACCGAAAAGAUAUCGAAAAGUACCGAAAAGAUAUCGAAAAGUACCGAAAAGAUAACGAAAAGUACCGAAAAGAUUUCGAAAAGUACCGAAAAGAUAUCGAAAAGUACCGAAAAGAUAUCGAAAAGUACCGAAAAUAUAUCGAAAAGUACCGAAAAGAUAUCGAAAAGUACCGAAAAGAUAUCGACAAGUACCGAAAAGAUAUCGACAAGUACCGAAAAGAUAUCGACAAGUACCGAAAAGAUAUCGAAAAGUACCGAAAAGAUAUCGAAAAGUAUCGUAAAGAUAUCGAAAAGUAUCGAAAAGACAACGAAAAGUAUCGAUAUAUCGAUAAGUAUCGAUAUAUCGAUAAGUAUCGAUAUAUCGAUAAGUAUCCAUAUAUCAAUAAGUAUCCAUAUAUCGAUAUAUCGAUAAUAUCGAUAUAUAAUGAAAAGUAUCGAAAAGAUAUCGAAAAGUAUCGAAAAGAUAUCGAAAAGUAUCGAAAAGAUAUCGAAAAGUAUCGAAAAGAUAUCGAAAAGUAUCGAAAAGAUAUCGAAAAGUAUCGAAAAGAUCGAAGAAAAGAUAUCGAAAAGUAUCGAUAUAUCAAUAAGUAUCGAUAUAUCGAUAAUAUCGAUAUAAUGAAAAGUAUCGAAAAGAUAUCGAAAAGUAUCGAAAAGAUAUCGAAAAGUAUCGAAAAGAUAUCAAAAAGUAUCGAAAAGAUAUCGAAAAGUAUCGAAAAGAUAUCGAAAAGUAUCGAAAAGAUAUCGAAAAGUAUCGAUAUAUCGAUAAGUAUCGAUAUAUCGAAAAGUAUCGAUAUAUCGAAAAAUAUCGAAAAGUACCGAAAAGAUAUCCAAAAGUACCGAAAAGAUAUCGAAAAGUACCGAAAAGAUAUCGAAAAGUACCGAAAAGAUAUCGAAAAGUAUCGAAAAGAUAUUGAAAAGUAUCGAAAAGAUAUCGAAGAGUAUCGAAAAGAUAUCGAAAAGUAUCUAUAUAUAAUGAAAAAUAUCGAUAAGUAUCGAAAAGAUAUUGAUAAGUAUCGAAAAGAUAUCGAUAAGUAUCGAAAAGAUGUCGAAAAGUAUCGAAAAGACAUCGAAAAGUAUCGAAAAGAUAUCGAAAAGAUAUCGAAAAGUAUCGAAAAGAUAUCGAAAAGUAACGAAAAGAUAUCGAAAAGUAUCUAUAUAUAUCGAAAAGUAUCUAUAUAUAAUGAGAAGUAUCGAUAUAUAAUUAAAAUAUCGAUAUAUCGAAAUGUACCGAUAUAUCGAAAAGUACCGAUAUAUCGAAAAGUACCGGUAUAUCGAAAAGUACCGAUAUAUCGAUAA